AUGGCUGUGAAAAAUGCCUGCACCGAAGAAUCCAAAAUCUGCAUCACGAUCGGCAAGGCGGUUGAGGAUGGCAGCCAUGCUUCCGGCAAAGAAAAUGAUGGACAUGAUGCAAAAUUGCAUCGUGAUGUGAUUGGUGUGGCAACCCUGUCAAUUUUCUUAGCCCCAUGGCAUAUGCUGCCCGUCUUCACAGAUAUCAAGAUGGCAGAGGAUCCACUCCUGCCAGGCUUAACGAGCUCAACUCUUCCAAUCACGACCACCGCCAUUUUCUGUGGUUGGCUCGUUGGAUCUAUUGGCUUGAAGCGUGCCAUGGAAACUUUCAGCAGCGAAGAACUCAUUGUGUUGGCCAACACGGGGCUUUUGGUGGUGGCACUUUGUACUGUGACUCUUCCAUAUUUGACCAGAGGGAAUUUAGGAAUCUUCUUGGUAGUGAGAUUUGUCUACGGCGUGCUGAUGAACGUCAAACCCAUUCAGCUCAUGUACGUCCAAGACAGAGCCCCACCUGCUCUUUUCACUCAAGUUCUUGUGUUCCAAUACUGUAUGUAUACUUUGAUCGCUGUAGUCAUGGCAGGCUUCUGUGGGUCUUUGACCUUGUCCAUGAACUGGACCAUAGAAGUUGCUCUGUGGUGUGGCCUGACCAGAUGGCUGGGCCUUUGGCUGGCCUUUCCCAAUGCCUUCGAAAUCCUGCAGCAAAGCCUACGCCUUUCCGGGCCAGUCCCAGACUGCCGAAGGCCCUCAGCACCCACCAAAUGCGACGACCCGUCUGGCGAAACCACUUUGGCACCUGCUGCGCGGCGCAGUGCGUGCAUGUUGAUUGUAUGUUUCAUCGCCUGUGGCUCCGGGUUCUAUGGCUUGAGCUUUUCCGCAGGGCAACUGUCUCCCAAUCUUUACCUCAGUUCCGUGCUGUUGUACACCAUGGACUUCAUGGCCUACCUGGGGGUCACUGCGGGGACUUCGGUCGGCCAGAAGUCUAUGCAGCUCUGGAGUUUUCUGGUGGCCUCCCUGUGUUUGUUUAUCUGCAGCAUUGGGGAGCCGGGCAGUCGUUUCGUGUUGGUCUUCGCGCUGAUCGGACGCCUGGGGAUCGAUAUUUGCUUCGCCACCAACUACUUGGUCCUGGCCGAGACCUUUUCAGAAGCAGAACGGGUGGUCGUCCUCCCCGUCUGCGAGACCGCUGCACGGCUCGGGAGCAUCCUAGCACCCUUCGCGGGCACGUUGCCCACCACGGAGGCGCCAUCCUACAAGGAAGGAGAAGCUGUUGAGUACAGGAGUGCCAGUGCUGGUUGGAUCCCCGCAAAGGCAAGACCCACGCGUGAGGUGGUGAGAGUGAACGGCAACGGCACCUACGAUCUGGACUGCAAGCAGGAUGUGGCAUCCUCAGCACCUGACUGA